AUGGAUUAUGCACGAAAAAUUGGCAAAUCGGACGAACCGAAAAAAUGGGUGAAACAGUUCACGACAGUUGUCACUGCGCGAGAUAAGUUUAUUAGUCCGCAGUUGCCUUUCGCCGAAGAUCGGCGCUUGGCGAACUGGCAGAAAUGGUUAGAAAGGUGGAAGAUACAGUAUAAACACAUUAGAUCUACGACCGGUCGUCACCAAAACGAUCAAAUUCUGAAUUCAUGUGAAAAGAUACGACCACUGAUGGAAAUGAGGAAUCUGAUGGACUACGCGACGGUACCGGUGCCAAUUAUACCUGACAAAUAUCGAGGCGGGCCAGAAUUCUGGAGGACUCCGGAGAAACUGCCUAGCCGUGUUCCUUGUUUGCCAGACAUCACGUUUAUUCCGACGAAGAAGGAGUUAAAUCUAAGUCCGGAGUUGACGUACGUCGGCUUGCCAGAACUGAUAGAAAAAGAAAAAGAUUUGGACGAUUUGAAAUCGAAAGAACCAUCAUGGAUGCGCAGCCGAUACUUGAAAACAAGGAGGAGAGAGUUGUCGAAAGAAAUAGAGGCGCUCGUACCGAAAGAACCAGAAACGAGAGACCUGGUGAUUAAGAAUUAUGUCCCACCGAAAGAGAAACCAUUGGCAAGAAUUCUGCCAGUGACAAUUUCCGACAUAGAGGAGGAAGAGGAAGACGAAUCGAGCCGUUGCGUUGAACAGGCGAUCGCCUUAAAGAUCCAAGAUCGCGAAAUCGUUUGGGAAAGAUUUCCCUCGAAGCACGGGACAAAGCCAGAUUCGAUUACAUGGAGUUUAACAUUUUUUGGUGAAAUUCAUAAAAGAACAGAAAAAGAAAUCGUGCUCGAGAAUAAGGGGAAUCGCGUAAUCGUCUACCAAUGGCGGGACGCAGAUUUUCGAUGCAAUACGAUUCCUUUAGUCAAACGAACGAGUCCUUUUUUCUUUAACAAGACGAAAGGAGUGAUCCUCCCUGGGCAGAUCGUAAAAUUGAAAGUAUGGUUCCGACCAAGGGACGCUCAUGUUUUUAUUGAAUUUUGGAAACUUAUAACCGAUCCGAUCUUAUGUCCCUCGUCGUUGGUAUUUCGAUUUUGGGGUUGCGUCGAGAGCUCGAACGUUCGUUUAGCGAAGUUCGAGUCUGUACAGAUAGUCGAUAAAUACUUAGAUCGCUGCGUUAGAAAUACCGUGAUACGAGAUUUAAUUAACGAUAUUAUGGAAAAUAUUAGUUUGACUAAGCAUCCAGAACCUGCGUACGGUAGCUUAUUUUUAGAAUCAGACAUGUUCGUUAUGAAAAAUCCACUAUGUUUUCACAAUCCGACAUUGUUGAUAGAAUUUCACAAGAUUUACUACGCCGCAACAAAUCAAACAAGACAUCGUUGGAAUAUGUCGUUAAACGAUAUACGAGAUACCUUGUUGGAAAUUAAGCAAUCCGAACGUAGAAAUAUUAUGUUGUCACAAUUCAGCGAACUUUACAAAGAAUGUUUGAAUCCUACGUUGUACAGAUCUGUGCAGUGUAACAAGUACGAAAUGGUGUAUUACAUACUAUGCUCGUUUUUCAAUCUAUUUGAGACUGAAAGCGAAUUAGCAAGGAAUGCUUACCUAUUAAAUGACUGUAAAGAGAUUUCUGGCGUGUCUUCGACCAUGAGUUGUACGAUAAACGUAUCUCAGUCGUCCAUUAAGGACAAUAAUUUACGAAAUAAACGUGGGAAAAAAUCGAAUAUUCGUUCACAAGACAGUCAGGUUCAAACAACAGUCAAAAGUUGCACAAUUCCCGCCAAUGAUUCUCUUUAUGCAGAAGUAUUUUUUAUUCGUAUUUAUGAACUUUUGGGGCAAACGAUAGUACGAAUAUUCGCAUCCAUCGAGUCGUUUAAUAAUUUGAACGAACGUGAUAAAUGA